AAAACUAAAAUUCUGCGUUUAGGUAUUGAGUUUAUACAAUGGCGAACUGCGAGAUAAUUGAACUGCACAGGAAUUCCCUCAAUUGGGCGAAAAUCGUGGAAGAAAUUGUGAGAAUAGAGAAAAAGGUGUUCCCAAAGCACGAAUCGCUCGCCAAAUCGUUCGAGGAAGAGGCGAAAAAGAGGAACGGCGGAUUGAUCUACUCCUUAAUCGGCGGUCAAGUUGCCGGAUACGUCAUGUAUUCCUGGCCAUCUUCUCUCUAUGCUUGCAUCACAAAACUUGCAGUUAAAGAAAACUGUAGGGGGAAGGGUCAUGGGGAAGCAUUGCUGAAAGCAGCUAUAGAGAAAUGUAAAACUAGAAAAAUCCACCGCAUAUCACUUCAUGUAGAUCCCUUGAGGACGGCUGCCAUGACUCUCUACAAGAAGCUCGGGUUUGAGGUGGAUAGUCUAGUAGAAAGCUACUACUCUUCGGGUAGGGAUGCCUACAGAAUGUAUUUGGAUUUUGAGAUGGAUUAGCUGGAGUGGUUUGUUCAAGUGUGAUCGGUCUUCAUUCUGGUGUAGUGCUCCCGCAGGAUUCACUGGAACUUGCAAGCUCGUCUGGCAAAUCCCAAGGAUUUUUUUUAAGAAUUAGUGCAUUUUUUAAGGGAAUUUGUGCCACUGAGAUAGCAAAGAAUAGAAUGUAACAUGGAAGAAAAAUAUAAAAGAAUUUGAUGUUCUUGACUUCUUGUGCAUCUAUAUUCCCUUUAUAA